AUGACACAACCACCUGGUACUACUGGCUUUGCGCCAAUCCGCCGAUCCGCAACAUUGCCUUCAAAGUUGAUAGCGGAAAGGCGUCAGUUCAACGACACCCCUACCACUCGUCAAGGAUUCGAUCCCGUCCUCUUUUUCCACCCGUCCGCCAAAAUCGUCAAGUUCGCUCCCGAUGCGCCUCCGACUACGUCACAAUCAGCGCCAUCAAGCGACUUCGACUAUCCCGUUGACACGAUCGAGACCCUACCCUGGCGGUCACCCACGGAAAGAACGGUUGCUGUCGGGCGUUUGAGACUGGAGAUUCCCACUGGCCUAUCCCCCUUCUUAAAAUGUGGAACCGUCGUGCAGGCAAUCCUGAAAAACUCGCAGUGUUGGUGUGUGGACGGCAAAUCGACAUUUGUACUGCGCAUCCGAGCUUUAACCUAUUACCGUAUUGAGCUUCCAGACCAGACACCGGAAGACGCGGAAUUAAUCGAGAGUUUCAAAACCGCUUUGGCCAAAGUCCUUCGCUAUGAAGUAACGCCCUGCCCUUUCCGGCGCGGCUUCAGUGUCCCAUUGCCGGCAGAGGCUCAUAUACCGAAGAAGAAGAGAGCUUGGCGGCCAAAACAUCGGCGAGAGAGUGCCCCGGCAGGGUCAGACUUGGGUAUAUCAUGGCGGGAUACUGUCAUUGAAGAGGACAACGUUCGACAAGUCGACAGUAUCGAUUUAUACGACGGCGAGACUACCGACGAUAGCGCUUCAACAACCACAACCAGCGCGCCACACUUGGAUCCUACCCUAUCUGAUGAUCUAUUUGAGGGUGCACCAGAUGACACCCAACCCACAACUACCGCCCCUAAGCGAUCAGUAACAGAGCCGGCACAUUCUGUCCAUGAUAUGCUCGCUAGAUUUCAGCCAAUACCUGAAUCAGACAGCGAAGAUGAUACGAAAUCAUUCCACUCCGUCUUCACCCAAGACUCACAAGCUCCAACGUCACCAUCAUAUAAUCCGAGUCCUCCAGCAUCGCCGCCUGACGACCAAUUGCCGGACCUUUCUCUCCCCCAUCAGCGUUUACCCAAUCAUAACAGGGAUAUCUCGGAAGCAACUAUAACACCCGAAUCACUUUUCACAGUGCAAACUACACCUAAUAUUGAUAUAAUUCAGCCAGUUUCCAGUGCACAGGACCAGGGCGAAUCUGACCUUAAUCUUAAUGGCCUCUCUUCAUCUUCUUCCUCCCCCGAACUCGGCUUUUCCGAUGCCGCUGCUACUCUUGCAACCGGAGAAGAUGAACUACCCCCCGAUUCUUCCUCUUCGGAUAGAAGAGAUAGUAACUUGGUGGAGCUGCGCCAAACUGAAUCCGUUAGAAAACGGGACCUCUCGCCUUUAUCACAAGCGUCUGAACCCAAAUUUUCCGAUGCUACUGCUACUCUUUCAACCGGGGCAAAUGUUCUAUCUCCGAACUCUCCUACAUCAGACAGAAGGAAUAGUAUUUUAAUGGAAUUGCGCCGGACUCGAUCCUUCAGAAAACGGGACCUCUCGCCUUUACCACCAGCUUCUACUUUAGAGUAUCUGACGCCUCGACCGUCGAAAAGCAUGACGACUUUGCUCUUCAACAAGACAUGUUCCCUGGUCCUUAUUCUUCCUCUCCAACUCCUUCUCUUCUUCAUUCAUCUUGCAGCUCAAUUCGUCAGCGAUGAGAAUGCACCAAGAGAUGUGUCCGAUGCUACCCUCACAACAUCCAACGAGAGUGAUGGAGAUGAGGAUGAUUACAGAAUUCCCAACAAGACGCCCGGCGCAUUUCGUCGCUCCUUGUCUCUUGAAGACCCUAGCGAUGCAUUAUCUGAUCUCGAGUGA